CAGUGUUACCAAGUAGCGCGCUGGACAGGCCAUCGGCGCAUACGGGCUCCACUCUUUCGACACUUGAAUGCGUCGCAGGGGCGGUAGACUGGCCUGGCGCGGCUUACGAGAGGGAGGCUAAAUCGAAGCUUCACCUCAACCACACCUGCCCAAUGCGGGUCCUUCUGCCCACGUUUAACUGCCCAAUGCGGUCGUUUGCGCACCGCUUGCAUCAUGUGCGCGAACACGAGCAGCUCCGCAGAAUCGUCGAGGGCUGGGCAACGCUCGUUGGGUAACGCCUCGUAUUCUUCCGCCGCUGACUGGUGCGAUGUUGACGCCGACACCCGAUGCCCCUCCUCGACCCGGCAUUCCCAGCCUGCAGCCAAUAUGCGUGCCGGCCGAGGUCAAGCUUCCAGGAGGCGCAAAGCUUCCACUCGCCAUCGCCCUCGUUGUCCCCCUGCCCGCCAGAUCGAUGAUUCGCAUGUGGCGCCACCCGCAACGCCCAACAUCCUCUGCGUUCCUGAAUGCUCAUCCCACCCUGCAGGCGCCGCGCAGCGUGUCGGCGCGCUUGCCGGGAUGACUGUCAUCCUCGUUGCACGCUUGGCCGGGUCCGGUGACACAGCCCUCGCGUGCCCGUCCGCCUUACUCGCCGGCAAAAGACCCCGUUGUCGCCGUCGCCGCAAAACUUCAUGACUGCCUAUCCCCAUUUAAGCCAAUAGCCCUGCUCCUGCACGCCCGCCCGACCUAUCCGUUGACGCGCCGUCGGGGCCUCGCCUACCUUUCCACCUCCAACCACGCUUUUCAAGCAUGUCGAGCUGAUCGACUAUUUUCUUCCCCUCGCCCCAUCUUCUUGCAUGCUACUGGAGGUUCGGCAGACCUGCGAUUGCGCGCUUCCCAUUUGGAC